UAAUAUAGAGUAUGGUUUUUUGCAGACUUUGAAGCAUUAUGGUAAAUGGCACUAUCCUGAAAAUAGGGAAUUAUGGCUGUAGAAUUGAACUUUAGCGUUCAAUAUCAGGACUUAUGGCAAUUUCAAAUAACUGUAAGGUUGAAAGCAUGAGUAUUUUGAUCAUGAAGUGAAGUGGAGAAUUGUGAGGACAUGGGAGUUGAAUUGAGGGAACAAAGGUAUUGAGAUCAUAAAUGAGGCUGCUGAAGUCAACCAGGAAAAUGACCAGGGAAAAGAGAGAGAGUAAAAUUGUGAGCAAGGUGUUGGCUUUUGUAGGUCAGGAGAUGACUGUGCCAAUGAGCAAGUAUUUUCUACCUUCUCUGUACUAGGUGCUGGAGAUACAAAUACUGAGAAUGAAACUACUCUCAAGGAAUUGUACGAAGAGAAGAAAUACAAAAUCCAAGCAAAGUAGUAAAAUACAAGAUGCCGCUUCAAAUGAACAACAAGAACUUUUCUGUCAGAAGUUGGAGCAGUGUUGCAUACUAUUUGAUUUCAUGGACUCUGUUGCAGACUUGAAAAGCAAAGAAAUUAAAAGGGCAACACUGAACGAACUGAUUGAGUAUGUUUCAACAAAUCGUGGUGUGCUUGUUGAAUCAACAUAUUCUGAUAUAGUGAAAAUGUCACCUUGGAAGUUGGCUACAGCUACAGAAGAAAACAGAAGGAAGACCAGAAAGAAUCACAGACAAAUCAGUGUCAAUAUCUUCAGGACUCUUCCUCCAAGUGAUAAUCCAGACUUUGAUCCUGAAGAAGAUGAGCCUACUCUUGAGGCAUCAUGGCCUCACAUACAGUUGGUAUACGAGUUCUUCUUAAGAUUUCUGGAGAGUCCUGAUUUCCAACCAAGUAUUGCAAAGAGAUAUAUUGACCAGAAAUUUGUACAGCAGCUCUUGGAGCUUUUUGAUAGUGAAGAUCCCAGAGAGCGUGACUUCCUGAAGACGGUUCUGCAUCGAAUUUAUGGGAAAUUCCUUGGAUUAAGAGCAUUCAUCAGAAAACAGAUAAACAACAUUUUCCUCAGGUUUAUAUAUGAAACAGAACAUUUUAAUGGUGUUGCUGAACUUCUUGAGAUAUUAGGAAGUAUUAUCAACGGUUUUGCCCUGCCUCUGAAAGCAGAACACAAACAGUUUCUAAUGAAGGUUUUAAUUCCUAUGCACACUGCUAAAGGAUUGUCCUUGUUUCAUGCUCAGCUAGCCUAUUGUGUUGUACAGUUCCUGGAGAAGGACACAACACUAACAGAACCAGUGAUCAGAGGAUUGCUGAAAUUUUGGCCAAAAACAUGCAGUCAGAAGGAGGUAAUGUUUUUAGGAGAAAUUGAAGAAAUCUUAGAUGUGAUAGAGCCAACACAAUUCAAAAAAAUUGAAGAACCUCUCUUUAAGCAGAUAUCCAAGUGUGUGUCAAGUUCUCAUUUCCAGGUUGCAGAAAGGGCAUUGUACUUCUGGAAUAAUGAAUAUAUUCUUAGUUUGAUUGAGGAAAAUAUUGAUAAAAUUCUUCCAAUCAUGUUUGCCAGUUUAUACAAAAUUUCCAAAGAACACUGGAAUCCGACUAUUGUGGCACUAGUAUACAAUGUCUUGAAAACAUUGAUGGAGAUGAAUGGCAAGCUUUUUGAUGAUCUUACGAGCUCAUACAAAGCUGAAAGACAAAGAGAGAAAAAAAAGGAAUUGGAACGUGAAGAAUUAUGGAAAAAAUUGGAGGAGUUAAAGUUAAAGAAAGCUUUGACUGAAAAGCAUAACAGUACUCACAAUGUGCACAAUGCACUCAACAGUACAAGUGCCAAAUAAAUGAAAUGAUGACGACUUCUGCUUGAAAGGCAGACUUUUUGUACACACUUUUUUGAAAUAUGUAAAAAUUUGCAAAGGAAAAAACCUCAACAGUAUAAUGUAAUUAAAAGGCCAAUUUUUUUUUUUCUGGCAUCUGUAAAUGAAAAAUUUGUGGACUAAACAUAGCCAUAUGUUACAUCAUGACCACAGUAUAUUGUAACUUUUUUGUCUAAUCAUUGAUUUAUUGUGUCACUUCUGAAGUUUCACAGAAAUGAAUGAAUUUUUAUUAUACAUGAUAUGAGUGAGAUAAUUAUGGGAGUGGUGAGAAUUAUGACUUGAAUUUUUUUUUGAUUGUGUUGCAUUGCACAUAGAUGUAGUAGUCUGCUAUGUACAUUUUUUAAAUGUGCUUUUCACAUUGCUGCACACCUUGGUUGAGUUAUAGGAAAGGCAGUAUUUCCUAAAAUAAAACUAAGGUACAAUCCUUCCUUUCCUUCUUUUUCCUUCCAGUAACACAAAGGGAGGAAUAGCCUAACUUGCCCUUUUACCUUUUGUCCUUAAAGAUAUUACUGUAUUCUGGGAUUUGAGUGAAAAACUUAAAAUUUCCAGGAAAAAAAAAAUUGUGAUAUUUUUAAAGCACAAGUUAGAAAUAAAAGCUGGGAAAAUAAACCAAAAUUCUCCAGAAUGUUCCUUGUGGUCAGCUGGAGAACAUCCCCCUUUUACCUGCCAUCCCAUUAAUGACAUUCACUGGUCAGCAGGCAGCUUUGUAGAAGAGUGAUGAUGACAUGAUCUCUGACAUUACCUCUCAUUCAUUCCUCCUCUUCCCUUCCCCAUGAAGCAGCACAGGGCUGAAGGCAGGGCCUCUGGAGCCCUUCCUCCUUGCCUUUCUCCAUUUUCUCCCCCUCCCAUCACACUGAUGGAGGCUUUAAGGGGGGUUCCUCAGUAGGGGGUGCAGAGCUCUAAUGAUCACCGCCUGGCUUUAUUUAAAAGAAAUGCAGUAUGCUUCCUAAAUAGAAGAUUCAAGAAAUUGAUUCUAGGGGGCCUUGUAUAUUUUUACUUGAUCAGAUAUUUCUCACAUCUUUUGUUAUCAGAGUACCAUUCCAAUCUCUUGCGGUUGCAUAGAAAGCUGUUUUGUAAUGGAAGAUCUUCACUGGGGGAUUGAGCAGCAUUUAAUAAAGUCUAUGUUUGUA